GCAAGAGCAGUAAAUUUUUUAAAAUGUUAAACAUUUUAUUUCUCUUUGUUGUAAUACAAAGUGCUGUUUGCUGGAACCAGAAUCCCGGUGUCCAUUCCGAGACACUAUGGAAAGCUAUAAACCCCACUGCAAGCGAAAAGCAGCCCGGGCAAAAAGAUAGCUUCAUAUAUCCUGGUACCAAGUGGUGUGGUUCUGGAAGUAUCGCGAAGGACCACGAUGAUCUAGGUAAAGAAGUAGAAGCAGACAAGUGCUGCCGUUCUCACGAUCUCUGCCCAGACUUCAUAGCAGCUGGAGAAUCAAAACAUAACCUAAAAAAUGGAGCUUCCUAUACUCGUUUAGAUUGCCACUGUGACAUGGAAUUCCGUGAUUGCUUACACAAAGCUAACACAAGUACGGCGAAGGGCGUGGGCAGAUUAUAUUUUAAUUACUUAGGAACUCAAUGCUACAAAAAAGAUCAUCCCAUCGUGGCUUGUAAGAAAAUACAAACCGGAAUUUGGAGCAACAAAUGUCUGGAAUACGAGUUAGAUGACACCAAGGAACCUGUCUAUCAAUGGUUCGAUGUUCCUAAAUAUUAAUGAAUAAUUUGAUUAAAGAUUCAUUUAAAUUCA